CAAUUAUCCCCUUUCUCUCCAUGGCUACACUACAUGUGCUUCGUUUUGUGUGGCUUGCCUUCACCUUUAUCUCCUACCUUGUGCCCCUGGCAGAGUCCGACAAUUAUAUUGUCCACAUGGACAUAACAGCCAUGCCAAAAGCCUUCUCCGACCAACAUAAUUGGUACUUAGCCACCCUUAAUUCUUUAUCGGUUGAUUUUUCAGCCAGCUCCAAUUUGCCGACCGCCUCCUCUAAGCUUAUAUAUAGCUAUACUCAUGUUAUUCAGGGUUUUAGUGCAAGCCUUUCUCCGAAUGAGCUUGAGGCCUUGAAGAGCAUUCCGGGCUACGUUUCUUCCACUAGAGACUUACUUGCCAAUGUUGACACCACUCAUUCAUACCAAUUUCUUGGCCUGAAUUCAAACUCUGGUGCCUGGCCGGUGUCCAAUUACGGCCAAGACGUCAUAGUUGGGGUGGUUGAUACCGGUGUUUGGCCAGAGAGUGAAAGUUUUAAUGACGAAGGAAUAACGGAAAUCCCAUCCAGGUGGAAAGGCAAAUGUGAGAGUGGCACCCAAUUCAACUCCUCAUUGUGCAACAAGAAGCUCAUCGGAGCUCAGUUCUUCAACAAAGGCCUAGUUGCCCGCAAUCCCAAUAUCACCAUAAAAAUGAAUUCUGCACGGGACACCGAUGGGCAUGGGACGCACACUUCUUCAACGGCCGCGGGAAAUUACGUAUCUAAUGCAUCAUACUUUGGCUAUGCCCCCGGUACCGCAGGAGGAAUCGCCCCAAGGGCUCGAGUGGCCGUGUAUAAAGUUCUUUGGGACGAAGGUGGUUACGCGUCUGACAUAAUUGCGGGAAUCGAUCAAGCAAUUACUGACGGUGUUGAUGUAAUUUCCCUUUCAUUGGGAUUUGACGGAGUUGAAUUGUACGAAGAUCCGGUUGCAAUAGCAACAUUUGCUGCCCUGGAGAGGAACAUUUUCGUCUCUACUUCUGCCGGAAACGAGGGGCCGUCGGUCGGGACUUUGCACAAUGGCAUCCCUUGGGUUUUGACGGUCGCGGCCGGUACCAUGGAUCGUGAAUUAGGCGCUGUUUUAACUCUGGGUAAUGGAAAUUCAGUCAGGGGAACGUCUCUGUACCCCGGUGAUUCAUCUUUGACCCAAUCUCCAAUCGUUUUCACGGAUAAAUGUGACAAUCAGAUCGAAUUGAAGAAACUUGAAAAUAAGAUUGUCGUUUGCGAGGACAAGAAUAACUCAAUCAGUGACCAAUUCUUCAAUGUAUCGAGCGCGAAUGUCACCGGAGGUAUCUUUAUUUCAAAUAGCAGCGACGUGGAAUUCUUUUACCAGAGCUCAUUUCCGGCCAUCUUCAUGACUCCAAAAGAAGGUGAAAUCAUCAAAGACUACAUUAAGAGCAGCACCGAGCCAAAGGCCGCCAUGGAGUUCAAGAAGACAUUUCUGGGGACUACCCCCGCCCCCAGCGUGGCUAGCUACAGUUCUAGAGGACCAUCUUUUAGCUGCCCAUUUGUCCUGAAACCUGACAUUCUGGCUCCUGGAGUGUUAGUCUUGGCUUCUUGGUCUCAGAUUAGUUCGGUGGCCCAAUUGAAAUCACAGCUUCUGUAUGGCAAGUUCAAUAUAAUCUCCGGUACGUCCAUGGCAUGCCCCCAUGCAUCUGGGGCGGGGGCGCUGCUGAAGGGGGCACAUCCGGAAUGGAGUCCGGCAGCCAUCCGGUCAGCCUUGAUGACUACAUCGGAUUUAACGGACAACACCCUUAGUCCCAUCAAAGACAUUGGUCUCGAUUUCGCUACCGCCUCACCUCUGGCCAUGGGAACAGGACACAUUAAUCCAAAUAAGGCUGUAGACCCUGGACUGAUUUAUGAUGCUACCAUUGAGGACUAUGUCAAUCUCCUCUGUGCACUGAAUUUUACAGCGAAGCAAAUACAAACGAUCACAAAAUCAUCUACCAACAAUUGCUCUGCACCAUCGCUGGAUCUCAACUACCCUUCUUUCAUCGCCUUCUUCAAUGUCAAAGGCUCAAAAUCGAAUUCAAAAACAGUAAUAGAAUUUCAAAGAACAGUGACUAAUGUCGGGGACGAAAUGUCAACUUAUACGGCAACAGUGACGGUAAUGGAAGGAUUUCAGGUCAGUGUGACGCCGGAGAAGUUGGUUUUCAAAGAGAAGAACGAAAAGAAAUUUUACAAGCUGAGUAUAGAAGGUCCAAGUAUGAUGAAGGAUAUUUUUGUUUUUGGUUAUCUCAGUUGGGAAGAUAGCGGAGGUAAGUACGUGGUAAGGAGUCCCAUUGUUGCGACGAGGCUGCAACUUGAUUAAUAAGUGCCACUUCUAAUAGUAAUUUUCUUUGUAAUGAAUAAAAUUAACCUUACAUUAAAGACGAUAUGAAACAGAGCCUGAGAUUGGGCUUAGCCAUUCAUAUUGAUAGUUUCAGUAUUUCAUAUAUUUUAUAUAGUUUCAGUAUUUAUAUUUUAUAUAAAAUAUAUUUUAUAUUUUAUA